UUGGUGUUAAAAUGGCGGCGGUGGCGGGGGAGCAGGUAACGCGACCUGUUUAAGCUUCACUCUCGGGACGCUCUUCCAGCUGCUCGAGCGCAGCUGGAGGGGAAGCAGGGGACGGGUGUGGGUUUAAUCCCUCGGAACCUGCCCGGAAGUGUGUGAGAGUGUGUGAUGAAGCAGGAACAGGAAUGCGCGGAUGAAGUGAAGUGAAGUUCAAACUGAACGGAAGUGAACUUUCCAUGCGGCGCAGAGCCUUUAAAGACGUGACGUCAUGCAGCGCAGGCUGGAGUUUCUCUCCCUGAUCCAAAGUUCAUGCCGGGGUGCUGAGGGACUCAAGACCAGCGCGAGACAGUCCGAGAGGGAGUGACAUCAUCAUCAUCAUGGAGAGAAAGGUGCAGAGAAGAUGUGCAGAAGUGUUCUAAAGCCGCACAACACGGAAGAAGGGAUGGACACGGAAGAGACGAGGAGAAACCCGCAUGGACAAGCUUUUCACACCGCUGAAAACGGCUGUGUCUUUGGACCACGUGCUCCAAAUCUCCUUCACCGUGUGUGUUUGGGCUCCACGCCACUGUACUGCCGCUCGGCUUCAGGCUCAGUGUCUCUGCACAGUGCCCCCUGUGGUGAGGAGGAGCAGCACAGCGUGGCGUCAUCGCAGGACUCGGGCAUCCCGACCCUGGAGCUCAGCUCCCCUGAGGUGCCAGAAGAAUCGCACAGCACCGAGCCGUUAAGUCUGAGACCCCAAGACGCUCCGGCCACACUGAAGCUAGAGACGCUAGAUGAGGGCGGAGCUUCGAGCCAGGUCAGGGGUGGAGCUUUGAGCUACCGAGACUCCACCUCUGUGUGCAGCGCAUCCAGUCUGAGCACGGACCUCUCGGCCACGCUGUCGCUCGGCAACGAUGACGUCGCCGGUGACUUUGUGGUAACGUCGGACUCGAGUGCCGUUGUGGAUUUUCAUGAUUUUAGUGACUUCUCGCAGUUCCCCCAAACCCCGCCCAUAAAUAUUGUCCACAGAGACCACCCACCACAGCAUGACGACAAGGCCGCGGUGAAGAAAGAGUCUCCGAUUGUGAACUUCCUCAACAGGAGUCUGUUCUCAAAGAAGGUGUUUGGGAGAGAUUCACAGACACAGACCCAAAGAGUCUCAAAGGAAAAUGAAAAGACGGGUGGUUCUGCAUCUCCCAGACAGAACGUGAGGAAACCCCUGGAGUUUGAGCCUCUCUCCACCACCGCCCUCAUACUGGAGCACCGACCUGCGAAUCUCCCAGCGAAGCCGGCAGAAGAAGCUCAGAAACACAAAGAGCAGUAUGAAGAGAUGGUGGCACAGGCCAAGAAGCGAGAGCUAAAGGAGGCUCAGAAGAGGAGGAAGCAGUUGGAGGAGAGGGUGCGAUUAGAAGAGAGCAUCGGCAACGCAGCGCUUGCCUGGAGUCAAGAAAUUCUGCCAAACUGGCACAGCGUGCGCAGCUCUAAGCGAGUGAGGGAUUUGUGGUGGCAGGGAAUUCCCCCGAGUGUGAGAGGACGAGUGUGGAGCCUCGCUAUAGGCAAUGAACUCAACAUUACACAUGAGCUGUAUGAUAUCUGUUUGGCGAGAGCGAAGGAGAAAUGGAGCGCGUCACCAUCAGUCACCACAACAGAAAACGAUGCUGCAGAUGUGGGUUUGUCUCAUGUCGAUCGCGAGGCAAGUUUAGAGCUGAUAAAGUUGGACAUUUCCAGAACUUUCCCCAGCCUCUGUAUAUUCCAGCAGGGAGGCCCUUAUCAUGAUGUGCUGCACAGCAUUCUGGGAGCUUACACCUGUUACCGCCCUGAUGUAGGAUACGUACAGGGGAUGUCAUUCAUUGCUGCAGUGUUGAUCCUGAACAUGAACACCGCCGAUGCCUUCAUCGCUUUCGCUAACCUGCUGAACAAACCGUGUCAGAUGGUCUUCUACAGAGUGGACCAUAGCCUUAUGCUGACACACUUUGCUGCAUUUGAAGUGUUUUUUGAAGAAAACCUACCAAAGCUAUUUGCACAUUUCAAGAGCAACAACCUGACGCCUGAUAUUUAUCUCAUUGAUUGGAUCUUCACCCUGUACAGUAAGUCUCUGCCGCUGGACGUCGCGUGUCGUGUGUGGGACGUGUUUUGUCGAGACGGCGAGGAGUUCCUCUUCCGCACAGCUCUCGGGAUCCUGCGUUUCUAUGGCGACGUCCUCACGCACAUGGACUUCAUCCACAUGGCGCAGUUCCUGACGCGGCUGCCGGAGCAGCUCUCCACACACACGCAGUCGCACACGCUCUUCUCCUGCAUCGGCAGCAUUAACAUGAGCAGCAGGAACCGGACGUGGACGCAGGUGCUCCAGGCUCUGCAGAAAGAGUCGGAACAUUCCAGUCCUGUGCUGAAACAUUGACAAAUCGCACACUCGCAUGGAGGCUGUGUGGAAGUUAAAGCUUAAACCCUAAGACUCAGGACCUCUGUGUGUGUAAUUCUGAUCAAAGGCAUCAGAUUUAAUGCAGUACACACACACACAGCUGGGAUUCGUACACAGCAAGCCAAACAUCUGCUGAAACAGAGAGAGAGAAAACGAGCUCUUUGAUUGGUUGAUCCGGAGAAGAGAAACAACCUCAUGACCAAUCAGAACACUGAAGCUGUAGCUAGGUUUGUUUGUGUGAUGAGAUCCACAUACUACUGCACUAAAUAUUAAAUUCCAAUAGUUAUAGGCACUCGAGGUACUUUAUUUAAAACAGAGAGUUAUUUCCUUCAUGCA